UCACAAGACGUCUUACCAAGAGAUCUGCAAGCAUAAAAAAAGUGCCAUUUAUGCGAAGACCACAUUGGAGAAAGUACGCAAAGACACUAUCACCGGUUAAAAUGAGUUCAAAUGUAUAUUCUGCAGGGCUAGGCAAUGAAGAGUCAAAGGAUUCAAUGACAAUCAGCCUCACAGAAAUAGAUAGAAGAAAUGCAACUGACUUGUUGAGAAAAAUUCAGUCAAUUGGAAAUGCAUCCCAUUAUAUUCUGGCCAAGGUUUAUGGGGUAAAUGUAACAGACAUUGAUAUCGCAUCACUUUUUGGGAAUCGUUGGUUAACUGAUCAGGUGUGGAAGAAUGUUAUGACUUUGAUGGUGUAA